AUGAGUGAUUUGACCAAAUGGGUUAUUUCAGAAUUAUCAUCUCUUUUACAUUUUCCUGUAACCGAAGACAUGGCAAAGUGUAUAUUGAUGAUAGAGUCAAAUCGAGACUUAGAAGAUUACAUGAAGACAUUAGUUGAUUAUUCAAACCCAGCUCAUCAAAAGUUUAUCAAAGAACUUUUACACCGUAAAACUAUGACAAUUCAGGGUUAUAAAAAAAGCGAGCUUGAUAAUUAUAUAGAUCCUACUGAGAAAAAGGAGAAAAAAAAGGGUAAAGGAAAAAAUGAAAAUAAGAAAGCACAGUUAGACGAGCAAGGGAAGGGUGAACAAGGAAAAAAGAAAACAAAAUAUGUGAAUUUAUAUUCAAGUGACGAUAAAGGAACUGUACUUUUAAAAGGUCGACACCUGUGUAAUUGCCAAGCAAGUAAGCAUGGUUUAAUCAACAACUGUCUUAGAUGUGGAAGAAUUGUGUGUGAACAAGAAGGUUCUGGACCCUGCUUAUUCUGUUCUCGGCCAGUUUAUUCUAGAGAAGAAUUACAGAAAAAUCCAAUUCUUGCCAAACAAAGUCAGCUGGAUAACUCUGCCUUGGAAACUGCCCUUCAAUUACGGGACCGGUUAUUGGAGUAUGAUAAAACAAGUGAAGCCCGAACAAGAGUCAUUGAUGAUGAAAGCGAUUAUUUUUCUACCAAUUCAGUAUGGCUAACUAAAGAGAUGAAGGAAGAGUUAAGGAAAAAAGAAGAACGAUUACAAGAAUUAAAACAUUCCAGAAACCGAAGUUUAAUACUUGAUUUCACUGGCCGUCGUCUCAUCGAUGAUGACUUUAGAAAACUAAACAUGGAAUCUCUGUUGCUGGAUGAGGUUACUGAUAUGAUGGAUAAUCUCAGUUCUUCAUACCACCAGUCCAGUGAUAAUCUGGAUCCCAGAUCUUUAGAACUUGAGCCAAUCUACGAUGGAGGAAGCAAUAACCUACCGCAGGAGAAAGGGUCCCGUUGGCACAACUCUAUGGGUCGUGUACAGGAUCGCCAGGUGAUGGAAAUGACUGAUAAUGGCGCCUGCUUAAGCAUGCAUCAGCCAUGGGCUACUUUAUUAGUAGAGGGCAUUAAAGUCCAUGAAGGAAGAAGCUGGUAUACCUCACAUCGAGGGAGGUUAUGGAUUGCAGCUACUGCAAGAGUUCCAACUCAAGAAGAUAUCGACGAUGUUCUUCAACCUUAUCAACAUCUAAUAGGAGAUAAGCACCUACCGAGAAAGUACCCGACAGGUUGUCUGCUGGGAUGUGUCAAUGUAGUUGAUUGUUUAGCCCAAGAGGAAUACAUCCAGCAAUAUCCCGAUGGCAUGAGUGAUGAGCCCUUUGUUUUCAUCUGUAAAGACCCUGUCAAAAGCCCCGUUCUUUUCCCGAUCAAAGGGAAGCACAAGAUAUAUAAAUUGGAUACAAAUAUACAUCAAGCAGCUGUCAAAUGUCUACAGAAGCUUGCAAAAAUUUAA